AUGAUGGCUAUCAUCGGCAUGUUCUUUCAGGAUGGCUUGACUGGAAGCGCCUGGGGUGACUGGGCCAACUACACAGCUUCGCCUUUGCGUGCCUUCGAGAAUGAACUCGGCGUGCAGGCCCCAGUCGGAUUUUGGGAUCCAGCAGGAUUUACGGCGGACGGAAGCGUGGAGAACUUCAAGCGACGUCGCCAGACAGAACUUAAGCAUGGAAGAAUCUCAAUGUUGGCUACAAUGGGAUAUAUUACACCGGAGAUCACAGGCAAAUUUCCGGGCUACUUGUCUCCAUCAGCCGGCUUGAAGUUCGCCGAUGUGCCUAAUGGUUUGGCUGCCAUCUCCAAGGUCCCAGCCGCAGGAUGGGGCCAGAUCUUGGCAUACAUGGCCUUCUGCGAGGUUUCCCAGGACCAGUCUCCUGGAACUCCUGCUGCCGCAGGCGACUUUGGAUUCAAGGUGUUGACUGCUUCUGACCCUGCUGAGAAAACCAAGAAGCUCUCCGCCGAACUUGCUAACGGAAGACUGGCGAUGAUGGCCAUCAUCGGCAUGUUCUUUCAGGAUGGCUUGACUGGAAGCGCCUGGGGUGACUGGGCCAACUACACAGCUUCGCCUUUGCGUGCCUUCGAGAAUGAACUCGGCGUGCAGGCCCCAGUUGGAUUUUGGGAUCCAGCAGGAUUUACAGCGGACGGAAGCGUGGAGAACUUUAAGCGACGUCGCCAGACAGAACUUAAGCAUGGAAGAAUCUCAAUGUUGGCUACAAUGGGAUAUAUUACACCGGAGAUCACAGGCAAAUUUCCGGGCUACUUGUCUCCAUCAGCCGGCUUGAAGUUCGCCGAUGUACCUAAUGGUUUGGCUGCCAUCUCCAAGGUCCCAGCCGCAGGAUGGGGCCAGAUCUUGGCAUACAUGGCCUUCUGCGAGGUUUCCCAGGACCAGUCUCCUGGAACUCCUGCUGCCGCAGGCGACUUUGGAUUCAAGGUGUUGACUGCUUCUGACCCUGCUGAGAAAACCAAGAAGCUCUCUGCCGAACUUGCUAACGGAAGACUGGCGAUGAUGGCCAUCAUCGGCAUGUUCUUUCAGGAUGGCUUGACUGGAAGCGCCUGGGGUGACUGGGCCAACUACACAGCUUCGCCUUUGCGUGCCUUCGAGAACGAACUCGGCGUGCAGGCCCCAGUUGGAUUUUGGGAUCCAGCAGGAUUUACAGCAGACGGAAGCGUGGAGAACUUUAAGCGACGUCGCCAGACAGAACUUAAGCAUGGAAGAAUCUCAAUGUUGGCUACAAUGGGAUAUAUUACACCGGAGAUCACAGGCAAAUUUCCGGGCUACUUGUCUCCAUCAGCCGGCUUGAAGUUCGCCGAUGUGCCUAAUGGUUUGGCUGCCAUCUCCAAGGUCCCAGCCGCAGGAUGGGGCCAGAUCUUGGCAUACAUGGCCUUCUGCGAGGUUUCCCAGGACCAGUCUCCUGGAACUCCUGCUGCUGCAGGCGACUUUGGAUUUAAGGUGUUGACUGCUUCUGACCCUGCUGAGAAAACCAAGAAGCUCUCUGCCGAACUUGCUAACGGAAGACUGGCGAUGAUGGCCAUCAUCGGCAUGUUCUUUCAGGAUGGUUUGACGGGAAGCGCAUGGGGGGACUGGGCCAACUACACCGCUUCCCCAUUGCGGUGAGGUCUGAAUUAGAAAUGCAGCAGUAGCAGCAGCAAUCGUGGAGGAACAUGGGGUUAUCCCUUAAAA